CCAUUUAUUUUAUUAUUAAUAGGACAAGAAAACAGAGGAAGCGAGAAGCGGGGUAGGGCGGCCGUCGACCUGAGAACACACCAGCUGCAGCGAAAGAGGAAAGGAGCAAGAGCGAGAGACGCUAUGUGGAGGAGGGUGUGCGUCGCCCCUUUGCGAUCUGCUGUGGGGAAGCCCCACGCCUCCGCCUCCGCCUCCGCCGCCGCCGCCGCACUACGCGCCCGCGUCGCCCCCUUCCCCGCUUCAUCCUCCUUGCCGUCCCGUAUGACGGCGCAUCUCUUCUCCUCGGAUGGUGGAUCGUUGAAAAAGAGUGUGGAGGACGUGAUGCCGAUCGCCACCGGACUCGAGCGGGAGGAGCUUGAGGCGGAGCUGGAGGGGAAGAAGCGCUUCGAUAUGGAUGCCCCCGUCGGCCCUUUCGGCACCAAGGAAGCGCCUGCUGUCAUCCAGUCCUACUAUGACAAGAGGAUAGUUGGCUGUCCUGGUGGUGAAGGUGAGGAUGAGCAUGAUGUUGUAUGGUUUUGGCUGGAGAAAGGCAAACCACAUGAAUGCCCUGUUUGCUCCCAGUACUUUGUGCUUGAAGUGAUAGGUGAGGGAGGGCCUCCAGAUGGACAUGGUCAUGAUGAUGAUGAUGAUGAAGAUCAUUAAUUCUGGAGUUGAAUUCUGCUAAAAAUAAGAAAUGGUGAGCGGGAGUCUUUGUACUAUGUAGCUUCAGACAGCUAUUUGUGUCUUCUGUUCAAUUUUCUUGCCCCAAGUGUGGCGUAUGUUUUCAUCGUCUUUUCCUUUACAGUGACCAUUAUGGCCAUUUGUUAGCCUUUGGAUUCUUUUGGGCGUUUUUAGUGCAUUGUCGAAUAAUCAAUGGCCACAAUUAGACUUCA